AUGUUAAAGCCUGAAUUUGUUUCCCUCACUCAAGUGCAAGAAUAUCACGUGACCUUCUUCAACUCAGCUAUUCAGGGAGCUGGAACUACGUCGGACAUCUUUUUGAAACUCUACGGUAGAGAUGAAGUUGACCGAGAAUGGUGGUUCAAUAAUCUCCAACGUCAGCUCAGAGUCGAUGGGGCUACUAUUCAGUUCAAACUUCGAACACAAAAGAGGUUGGGUGAUCUCAGUAAGAUCCAAGUUGGCCUUAAAGCAAAGGGUAGUUCACCUGAUUGGCUACUUGACAAGGUGAGCGUCAAUUUUACGUAG